GAGAGAAAGGAGAGCGAGAUAGAGGGCGAGAGAGAGGAAAAUAGAGAGAGGAGAGAGAGAACUGGUGUAGGGGUAGAAGAAGACAAGCUUGCCGACAGCAUUUUCACACGUUUGUGCUAAAAUGUGUCUCCCUCUCUAACAAUCAAACGAGAGACACAGAGGGAAAGACGGUGGGAGAGAGAGAGCAAGAACGAGAGAAUGAGAAAGCAACAGUAGUGUCUAAAAAUGGUCUCGUCAUCAUGGAUGAGAUGGAGGACAAGACUUCUGUGCAUUCAGACGAGAGUGAUGUUGAAGCUGACCUGAGACGAUCAUCCGAGAUCCUGCCAGAAAACAGAAGAACGUCUAGAUGGAAGAAUGGUCAGUGUGUGCUGGCAGUACCAACCUCCUCCAUGCUGAGCCCCAGGUUUGAUCUGUCGCUCUGCAGGGCUCUGCUGGAGAGGGACGGCUUCCAGAUUCCUGUGGCAGACUUUGAGACACCUCUAGACAUAGCACUGGAUGUGCCAUCGGUCAGGAGAUACCUGUUCCUUAACUCUUCUCUCAUCCACUUCAUCAUGGCACCGAUUAUAUAUGUGGUGAUAUGGUGUGCUGUGUUCUCCACUCUUCAUAUGUAUCUCUCGGUCACUGACUACUGGGUCCUCUGCCUGUCUGUCAGUCUGGUCUCCAUCUUCCUCACCACAUUCAUCAUCGUCAUCCUCUACUACAGUAACAAGGAGAUAAACAUCAACAUUGACGUGCGACUCAUCCAGGUGAAUGAGAGGCUGAGACAACAUAUGCUGCUGGUGGGCGUGGCUGACUGGGUGCAGAACUGCACUGGAACUCUACAGCUGUUCAUUGUGUACUGGGAUACGGCCCGCUGCUUGAGGACACUGACUGAAACUCUAGAGGAGAUGAGCUUUGUCGGAGAUGAGGCCCAGAAGAGACUCGAGAAGAGAAUGUCCCACCUUGUCCUGGUGUCAGAGGUCAUGACCCUUGACCCUGUGGCGGUGGAGUCAAGUGUUAAUGAAGGUUCUGAUGAGGAAAGGCCCCUCUUGAUGAACGAUGAGGCUGGAGGCAGUACCUCAACCAGCCAGAGGGAGGACACCAAACUCACUACUAACUACAUUUUGGUACCGGACCAAAUACUACCAGCUCAGGCCAAAGCACUCCAACUUCUACUGACCUACGGUGCGGUGUAUGUCAAGCUGUUGGUAUCUGAAAAGCUGCCAAACUCCACACACCACCCCCUACACCACAGGAGGAAUCACUGCACCACUGCGUCCCUUUGUCUCUGUCAGUAUAUAAAAACCAAGGUCCUAAGAUUAUAAGACUGGGACACAGAAACGCUGGUGCGUUCCACUUUAAAUAAUAUGUUACUGUAGGACAAUAGAAUAUUUGCACUGGCAAUAUAAAAGUCACGAUUUAGUACUCACUUGUGUACGUUUUGCAUUAAAUUAUACAAACAAUAAAUAUAUAUCUUUAA